AUGUUCCAGAUAGGACAGCAGAGAUGCUACAGUCCCGUACGAAUAUGCCGCGAUGAUCGAGGACAAAGUCUGUCUAUUACAGUAACUGCAGUCGGCAGCAACACGCAGUGGUCCCCUGAGUAUUGCAGCUGGGCAGUUUGCAGCCCGCUGGUAGCCUGCAGGAUUGUGCUGAGACGAAGCAGCCACGGCUCGGUUACCAUUCCUGAGUGCGAGCUGGACUCAGAGGCGUUUGUCGCUUGUUACACGCCUGAUCGAUCAUCGACAACUUCUCCCAUAAUGCCAUUUACAAAGAGCCCAUUUUCCAAUAGUGCAGUCCUGCGCACACGCAAGCAUCCCCCACCCAGCGCCGAUAGAAUCGAUAUGGGGGCUGCUCGAUCCAGCAACAUGGCAAUACCAAGUCAUCAGGUCAUCCAUGGCAGUACAGUAUCUGCCACGCAAACCUUGCCCCCCUCUUCGGCAUCUUCCUUCUCACAGCAUGUCACUGAGGAAACAGCCUCCCAUCAGCACCGCGCAACCUUCGUGCCAGCCACACCUCCCUUCGAUCACGAAAUCGCCCAUCUGCCUCUCGCCUCCCUCUCCAUUCGCCAAUUCCCCUUUUCCACCGCUCGGGAGACCUCCUCAUCGGGUUUCCGCACCGGCCUUGUCCACAGCAUCCAUCCAGUCACCAGUGAUCACUCAGCUCCACCCUCCACCUCUCCUGCCCUCUGCAUCACGACCCCCUCUUCUCCUAACCUAAUUACCAAUCCAUCCUCUGCGGCUGAUGAUCUCAUCGCACGUCCUGCAUUAACUUUCUCGAAUACGACGAAGAGGAAUGCCUGCCUUUGGCAAGUAUAUCACAAUAUCCCAUCCUGUGAUAUCGUUUGA